UUCUGCCAUCACCAAGAACGACGCCGUUUCAAGUCAGGUUCUCUGGAAAUAAAAGGGCGUGAAACGUUCGAAUUGUUGAGGAAGGGAAGUUGGCUUGGUGGCGCAGGAAACGGGAAGAAGGGAGACACGUAGAAGCAGAGGCGUGCACAGAGAAAGAGAAGAAAAAAGAUAAGCGCGCGGGGUUCGUCGCCUUCGAGAUCCUCGGAGGAUUUUCGUAAGAGAUGGUUGCCUUCGGGAAGAAGUUGAAGGAAAGACAAAUUGAAGAAUGGCAAGGAUAUUACAUCAAUUAUAAACUAAUGAAGAAGAAGGUAAAACAAUAUGCUCACCAAAUUGAAGUUGGAACUCAAGAUCGUCGCCAUGUUCUCAAGGAUUUCUCAAGAAUGCUGGAUAAUCAGAUUGAGAAGAUUGUCCUUUUCCUGUUGGAACAACAAGGAAUUCUUGGAAGCAGGUUAGCUAAGCUAGGAGAAAGGCAUGAUGCUCUUCAGGGGCAGCCAGACAUAUCUGAAAUAACUGUACUACGAGAAGCAUACAGAGAAGUAGGACGAGAUCUUUUAAAGCUUCUCUUUUUUGUCGAGAUGAAUGCUAUAGGUCUACGGAAGAUCCUGAAGAAGUUUGAUAAACGAUUUGGCUAUAGAUUCACUGAUUACUAUGUCAAGACUCGUGCUAAUCAUCCUUACUCACAACUGCAACAAGUGUUAAAGCAUGUGGGAUUAGGGGCAGUCGUGGGAGCAAUAUCCCGCAACCUUCACGAGCUCCAGGACCGUCAAGGAAGCUACUUAUCAAUUUAUGAUCAGCCUGUUCUUCCACUCCAGACUGGAGGUUUUGCUGUGGCAUUGACUGGCCUUAAUCUGCAGGAUCCUGUGGUUGAUUCAAUAAAAGCUGCUGUGGACAGGUUAACCCAUUCGACGAACGUCCUUAACUUUUUGGCACAACAUGCGCUCAUUAUGCAAGAGGAGCUACCUACUCCGACAGAGGAACGCGUUGAUGAUCAGAGAUACCAUUUUAUGUCUCUCCUAUUGAAUUUGGCGAAUACAUUUCUUUAUAUGGUCAAUACAUAUAUUAUUGUCCCUACAGCAGAUGACUAUUCAAUGAGCCUUGGAGCUGCAGCAACAGUUUGUGGUAUUGUAAUUGGGGCAAUGGCUGUAGCACAGGUGUUUUCUUCAGUGUAUUUUAGUGCUUGGUCAAACAAAUCAUACUUCAGACCUCUUGUAUUUAGUAGCAUUGUUCUUCUUAUUGGGAAUACAAUGUAUGCUUUAGCUUAUGAUCUUAACUCAAUUGCGGUUCUUUUGCUCGGCCGUCUUUUAUGUGGGUUCGGUUCUGCCAGAGCUGUUAACCGACGGUACAUCAGUGAUUGUGUACCAUUAAAAAUACGAAUGCAGGCAUCUGCAGGUUUUGUUAGUGCUAGUGCUCUUGGUAUGGCAUGUGGUCCUGCUCUAGCUGGUGUACUUCAGAUCAACUUUAAGAUCUACAAAUUUACCUUCAAUCAAGAUACUUUGCCUGGCUGGGUUAUGGCUGUGGCUUGGCUCAUAUAUUUAGUAUGGUUGUGGAUAUCAUUUAGAGAACCUGCCCGUGAAAUUGAAGAAAUUCCUACAACAAAUGAACCAAAUCCUGCAGAAAAUGAUGCCCUUGAGAAAGGUCUUAAACAACAAUUGCUCACUAGUUCUGAUGAAAAUCAACAAGAGGAAGAUGAAUGUGACGGAAGUGAAGAAGCUCCAGAGGAAUCUCGUGUGGCAGCAAACUCGAUUGGCUCAGCUUAUAGACUUCUUACUCCCUCCGUGAAGGUUCAAUUGUUGAUAUAUUUCAUGCUCAAAUAUGCCAUGGAGAUUUUACUUUCAGAAUCCAGUGUCGUUACCACAUACUAUUUUAAAUGGUCUACAAGCUCAGUUGCCAUUUUUCUUGCGUGUCUUGGCCUGACUGUUCUCCCUGUAAACAUUGUGGUGGGAAGUUACAUUAGCAAUAUGUUUGAGGACCGGCAAAUUCUUUUGGCAUCGGAAAUUAUGGUCUGCAUUGGCAUACUCCUUAGCUUCCACUUAAUAGUUCCAUACACUGUGCCACAGUAUGUCUGCUCUGGGCUUAUCAUGUUUGUUUCUGCUGAGGUACUCGAAGGUGUGAACUUAUCUCUGCUGUCUCGAGUGAUGUCGUCAAGACUUUCCCGCGGAACCUACAAUGGAGGACUGCUUUCAACCGAAGCAGGGACAAUUGCACGAGUUAUUGCAGAUGCCACCAUAACGCUGGCUGGAUACUUGGGCGAGAGUCAGCUCUUGAAUGUCACUUUACUUCCUUCACUUCUCAUUUGCAUAGCCUCCAUUGUUGCCACCACCUUUACCUAUAACUCUCUUUAUUAGUUCACAGUAUUUCCGCUAGUCAUAGUACAACCCCAAUCCGUUUGUUAAUUUUUUCCCAUUUCUAUUUCAAUUCUUUUGAGGUUCAUUUUUCUCCUUCAUGCUGUAUAUUGUCUAAAAAAAAUUGUUCAUUAGGUUUUUUUUUCCCCGCCCCCCCCUCCUUCAAUUGAAUUGUAAUAUAUUUUUCUUGCCCCAGUUGGCUUUAGAUUCCAUCUUUAGCUUGGCCCCAAAGCUUGUUUGAUAAAUUGCAAUAAAGUGGACUGAAGUUAACAGGUA